AGUCCGCCUGCUCCGGGUUUAAGACUUCAUGGCUGCUGAAACUCGGAGGGGCGGAAUGUCACGGAUGGAGUUGGUGACCGCAGAGACGAGAAUUGCAGCCGUGUGGCUCGCUCGCUGCCGCAGUUUCUUCUGUAGAAUGGGAUGGUGAUUUCAGACAAGACUCGGCCGGUCCUGGUGGCGCUCUCUGUAGGCUGAGGCAGAAAGAUUGCUGCGAAUUCGUGGCCAGUCUGGUCUACAAAGUCAUGAAACGAGGGCGCACGGAGCAGGUUCAGGUGGCAGUGUCCUGCUACCUCAAACGCCGGCAGUACAUGGACUCAGAAGGCCCCUUGAAGCAAGGCCUAAGACUAUCACAGACUCCUGAGGAGAUGGCAGCCAACCUCACAGUCCAAUCAGAAUCUGGUUGUGCCAAUGCAGUGUCUGCAGCCCCUUGCCAGGCAGAACCCCAGCAAUAUGAAGUACAGUUUGGACGGCUGAGAAGCUUUCUCACUGAUUCUGACUCCCAGCACAGUCAUGAAGUUAUGCCUCUCCUCUACCCCCUUUUUGUCUACCUCCACCUCAACCUGGUCCAGAGUGGCCCCAAAAGCACAGUGGAAAGCUUCUAUAGCCGCUUCCAUGGGAUGUUCCUACAAAAUGCAAGCCAGAAGGACAUCAUUGAGCAGCUGCAAACCACACAGACCAUCCAGGACAUUCUGUCAAACUUCCAACUUCGUGCAUUCCUGGACAAUAAGUACGUGGUCCGUCUCCAGGAAGAUAGCUACAACUACCUUAUCCGCUACCUCCAAAGCGAUAACAACACUGCCCUGUGCAAGGUGCUUGCCGUGCACAUUCACCUGGACGUGCAGCCUGCCAAGAGGACAGACUACCAGCUGUAUGCCAGUGGUGGCUCCUCGCGCAGUGAGAGCAGCAGCCUGGAACCACCAGAUGUGCCCAACCCUAUUCUGCAGAAUGAGGCUGCCCUGGAAGUCUUGCAGGAAAGUAUCAAGCGAGUCAAGGAUGGACCUCCUUCCCUCACCACCAUCUGCUUCUAUGCCUUUUAUAACACAGAGCAGCUGCUGAAUACUGCAGAGAUCUCCUCUGAUAGCAAACUUCUGGCUGCUGGAUUUGACAAUUCCUGCAUAAAGCUCUGGAGCUUGCGGUCCAAAAAGCUGAAAUCAGAGCCCCACCUUGUGGAUACAUCUCGUAUCCAUCUAGCCUGUGACACUUUGGAGGAGGAGGAGAAUGAGGAAGACAAUACGGGCACAGAGAUGAAGAUCCUGCGUGGACACUGUGGCCCAGUAUACAGCACACGGUUCCUCGCAGACAACUCGGGGCUGCUCUCUUGUUCUGAAGAUAUGUCCAUCAGGUACUGGGACCUGGGGAGCUUCACCAACACUGUGCUCUAUCAGGGACAUGCCUACCCUGUGUGGGAUGUGGACAUCAGCCCCUACAGCCUGUAUUUUGCCAGUGGGUCCCAUGACCGUACUGCCAGGCUCUGGUCCUUUGAUCGGACGUACCCGCUGAGGAUAUAUGCAGGACACCUGGCUGACGUGGACUGUGUCAAAUUCCACCCCAACUCAAAUUACUUGGCUACAGGUUCCACUGACAAAACUGUCCGGCUAUGGAGUGCCCAGCAGGGCAACUCGGUGCGGCUCUUCACGGGGCACCGAGGUCCCGUGCUCGCCCUUUCCUUCUCUCCCAAUGGUAAGUACUUGGCGUCCGCUGGUGAGGACCAGCGGUUAAAGCUGUGGGACUUGGCCUCUGGGACACUUUUUAAAGAACUGAGAGGCCACACAGACAGUAUCACCAGUCUGGCCUUUAGCCCAGACAGUGGUCUGGUUGCCUCUGCCUCCAUGGACAACUCUGUGCGUGUCUGGGACAUCAGAAGCACGUCCUGCAACACACCUGCUGAUGGCUCUUCGGGUGAGCUUGUGGGUGUGUACACUGGACAGAUGAGCAAUGUCCUGAGUGUACAGUUCAUGGCCUGCAACCUCCUCCUGGUGACUGGAAUCACACAAGAGAAUCAAGAACAUUAAGUUUUUAUUCAGGCAGCAGACUGGGUGGGGCUGGGACUGGUCACAGUCCAGGACUUGCUAAAACUGAAUCAGUGAUUUCAAAAGAGCCCUCACCUACCACACUUAGCCAACACAGCCCUGGUGCACAAGACUCCAGUUGAGAGCCGGAUGCUCAGGCUUGAGGCCUCCUGGCUGUGUGCAGGCACCUUGCUUUAGCAUCUGUCUCUUCCCAGUGGGGUUACUGGAACAGUUGCAGAACUCCCCUGUAGCAGCUGUAAACAGUGUCUCCUGUGGCUUCUCGAGGAAAACGGGGACAGGAACUAGGAAAGGAUUGGAUGAUCUAGCAGUCUUUCUUUUCCAUACUGAUAGAACCAGGACUUUUUAUUAUUAUUAUAAUUAAUUAUUAUUAUUGAGAAGAGGAAACCUAGCACUGGCAGAGGUGUCUCUGCUUGUAUCUGCAGGUUUGACUCCUGGCACUGGCUGUGAUACUUGGAAUUUUAAGGUUCAGGGAAUUCAUACUUUGGUGACCCAGUGUAUCAGGAAAAGGGGCACCGUAUAAUGUGCUUCUGCAAGCAGGCAGAUAGCUUAGCCGAACAUGGUGGGAAAGAAAGAUUCUUUAUUGCCUGCACUCCUGUCAGUCCUCUCCCCUGGAGAGAGAGGCUGUGGUGGGCAGAGGGUGGGCCUCGGCUCUGGAGUUGGUUGUCCAAGGUUCCAUCCCUAGCACCAUGAACAAAAUUAUGAUAAAGAGUAAUUUUGAGUAAGUCACAGGAUAGACUUCAGAGUACUGAUGACUGCACAUUCUGGGGUGUGACUUUCUGGUGUCUUUCUCCCUCUGAUCUGCUUCCGCCCUCACUGCAGCACCAGUGUAGUGAACCGGAGCGAAUCAUGAGUGCACACUCACAAGCGUCAAACCAUGCUCUAAGGACAGAGGAAGUUCUGAUGGUAUGGACAGGAUUAAAUAUUUCUGUUUUCUGAAAAGAGUUAUUUUGUAUUUUGUUUUCUAUUAAAAUGUAU